GGGUUUUUCUUCAUAUUCUCCACAAAAUAUGCGCAUGUUCAUGUCAAGUAUAGUGCGAAAGGAAUAAUAUUUUGGCUUUCGGGGGCCUAAAAUUAGCUAAAAUGCAUAGAUUAAAAUUUUCACAAAGAGACAAAGUCAAGAAAUUCAUAACAUUUACACAAACUGGUGAACAAACUGCUAUUUAUUGUUUAACGCAGAACGAUUGGAAAUUAGACCUGGCAAGCGAUAAUUAUUUUCAAAAUCCUGAAGCUUAUUACAAGGAACCGAAAAAUUCGGUAGAUAAAAAGAAAUUAGAGAUAUUGUUUAGUAGAUAUCAAGAUCCAAAUGAACCGGAUAAAAUAACUGCAGAUGGUAUAAUGAAAUUUUUGGAUGAUUUAGGAUUAAGUCCAGAAAGCAGAUUAGUUUUAAUUAUCGCAUGGAAAUUCAGAGCGGAAACUCAAUGUGAAUUUACCAAGGAUGAGUUUAUGAACGGCAUGGUGGAUUUAGGAGUGGACAGUAUAGAUAAAUUAAAAGCACGGUUUAAUAGUUUAGAGAAUGAAAUAAGAGAUUCGCAAAAGUUUAAAGAUUUUUAUCAGUUUACAUUUAACUAUGCUAAAAAUCCAGGACAGAAGGGCUUGGACCUUGACAUGGCAAUUGCUUAUUGGAAUAUUGUCUUGGAUGAUAAAUUUAAAUAUCUAGAAUUAUGGUGUCAAUUUCUUCAAGAACAUCAUAAGCGAUCGAUUCCAAAGGAUACAUGGAAUUUACUAUUAGAUUUUGCGCUUAUGAUUAAUCCUGACAUGAGUAAUUAUGACGAAGAAGGAGCAUGGCCAGUAUUGAUUGAUGAUUUCGUAGAAUGGGCACAACCUCGAGUUCGUCAGUCUCUCUAACAUCCUUUCGAUAUAACUUCUUCCGAUAUAAAGAGCUUUAUUUAUUUGAUUACACAGGCAAAUAAUAUUAAAAUAAUAUUUGAGUAUAUAAUAUAUAUCCUUGAUAAAACAUGACAUUACUUUUGUAUAGUAUAUAUCUAUGAUUUUAAAGAGACAGAAAUCGAGUACGUUAAUUAACGUAUACUGCUGCAAGCUUUAACGUGAAUUAUUAAAUUUUAAGUUUCUUAUAUAACUUAUUUCAAAACGCAUUAAUUGAUUUAUUGAAAAAAAAAAGAAAAAAAAAACAACAAAGAAUCAGAGAUACAAAGAUAUUUUUCUAUAUCAUUUUGUAUAGAAUACGCAUUCUAGAUUAUAUCAAAUUUUGGUAUAUUUUAUUUGUGCUCUACAUAUCGUUGUUCUCUCAAUUAAAUAACGUGAAGUAGAUUGAAAAAAAAAAGAAGCUUUUAAUUGUUAAUAUACUGUACAAAGUAAUAUGUUUAUCUAGGAUCACUGAUAGCAUUAAGUGAUGACGAGACUCAAUUACCAAAGGUAUUUGCAAGUAUAUUUCUGAAUAUAAAUUGGUGUGUUCCUUUAGGAAGGGAAUCGGGCUUAAAAAGCAACAAAUUAUAAGAGAGAGUCUAGUUAAUUGUUUUCUGUAGAUAGUAUUUGCUAGAUAUUGCGUUGUUGAGAAUUGUUAUCAAAUGGAACAGCUAUACUUCUAUGCUAUUCUUGUAAUUAUAUACACGCGAAUAACAAAAAAACAAAACAAAAAAAAAA